CACCCUGAGCGGACCCGCGCCUCCGCCCACCCCCGGCGCCUGCGCCCGCCUCGCCCCCAGGGCGGCCUGAGUCCCCCCGCGUCCGCGCGCCACGGGAGCCCGGCGCCGACGGCGGGGCGCGCGGGGCCCGCUUCCUCUGCGCAGUCCCCUCGCGUCCCGGCGCGGCCCCCGCGAUCGCGCGUCGCAGCGCCGGCCACGGUCUCCGCCCGCCCGCACCCCCGCUCGCGCCCUGACUGCCGGCCCCGACGGGACCCCGGCGGCCGCGGGCAGCGCCGGUGCCAUGGGGCUGCCGACGCUGGAGUUCAGCGAUUCCUACUUGGACAGCCCGGACUUCAGGGAGCGCCUGCAGUGUCACGAGAUCGAGCUGGAGCGAACCAACAAGUUCAUCAAGGAGCUGAUUAAGGACGGCUCCCUGCUCAUCGGGGCGCUGCGGAAUCUGUCUAUGGCAGUACAGAAAUUUUCCCAGUCACUGCAAGACUUCCAAUUUGAAUGUAUUGGUGAUGCUGAAACAGAUGAUGAAAUUAGUAUUGCUCAGUCACUAAAAGAAUUUGCAAGACUACUCAUCACAGUAGAAGAAGAAAGGAGAAGACUGAUUCAAAACGCCAAUGAUGUAUUAAUUGCGCCACUUGAGAAAUUUCGAAAAGAACAGAUAGGCGCAGCAAAAGAUGGGAAGAAGAAGUUUGACAAGGAGAGUGAAAAAUACUAUUCUAUUCUUGAAAAACAUUUAAAUUUGUCUGCGAAGAAAAAGGAGUCUCAUUUGCAAGAGGCAGAUACACAAAUUGACCGAGAACAUCAAAACUUCUACGAAGCAUCGCUAGAAUAUGUCUUUAAAAUUCAAGAAGUUCAAGAAAAAAAGAAGUUUGAAUUUGUCGAGCCGCUUUUGUCAUUCCUUCAGGGUUUGUUUACUUUUUACCACGAGGGAUAUGAACUCGCCCAGGAAUUUGCACCAUAUAAACAACAGCUGCAGUUCAACUUGCAGAAUACAAGGAAUAAUUUUGAAAGUACUCGACAAGAGGUAGAGCGGUUGAUGCAAAGGAUGAAAUCUGCCAACCAAGAUUACAGACCACCCAGCCAGUGGACAAUGGAAGGCUACCUUUACGUCCAGGAGAAAAGACCACUUGGUUUUACAUGGAUUAAACAUUAUUGUACGUACGAUAAAGGAAGCAAAACAUUUACAAUGAGUGUUUCAGAAAUGAAAUCCAGUGGGAAAAUGAACGGCCUUGUCACCAGCUCGCCAGAAAUGUUUAAAUUAAAAUCUUGUAUCCGACGAAAGACAGAUUCAAUUGACAAACGAUUCUGCUUUGACAUAGAAGUAGUUGAAAGGCAUGGGAUCAUCACAUUGCAGGCCUUUUCAGAAGCUAACCGGAAACUCUGGCUCGAAGCCAUGGAUGGGAAAGAACCAAUUUACACCCUGCCUGCCAUUAUGAGCAAGAAAGAAGAAAUGUACUUAAAUGAAGCAGGCUUCAACUUUGUGAGAAAAUGCAUUCAAGCUGUGGAAACAAGAGGCAUCACAAUUUUAGGCCUCUACCGAAUAGGAGGGGUGAACUCCAAAGUUCAGAAACUCAUGAACACCACAUUUUCUCCCAAAUCCCCUCCUGAUAUGGACAUUGAUAUUGAACUAUGGGAUAAUAAGACAAUAACAAGUGGACUGAAAAACUACCUCAGGUGCCUUGCAGAACCACUAAUGACCUACAAGUUGCACAAAGAUUUUAUUCUUGCUGUUAAAUCUGAUGACCAAAACUACCGGGUGGAGGCUGUACAUGCACUGGUACACAAAUUACCAGAGAAAAACCGAGAGAUGCUGGACAUCUUAAUAAAGCACCUGGUCAAAGUGUCACUACAUAGCCAACAAAAUCUCAUGACUGUCUCAAACCUCGGUGUCAUAUUUGGCCCCACUCUCAUGAGAGCACAGGAGGAAACUGUGGCUGCCAUGAUGAAUAUUAAGUUUCAGAAUAUUGUGGUUGAAAUUCUGAUAGAGCACUAUGAAAAGAUUUUUCACACCGCCCCAGACCCAAGCAUCCCUCUUCCUCAGCCUCAGUCUCGGUCUGGAUCCCGAAGGACACGAGCAAUCUGCCUCUCCACAGGCUCCCGGAAGCCCAGAGGGAGGUACACUCCGUGCUUGGCAGAACCUGACAGCGACUCCUAUAGCAGCAGCCCAGCCAGCACACCCAUGGGGAGCAUUGAGUCCCUCUCCUCUCACUCCUCUGAACAAAACAGCACGACAAAGUCCACCUCCUGCCAGCCCAGGGAGAAGUCCGGAGGGAUUCCCUGGAUUGCAUCCCCGUCACCGUCCAAUGGACAGAAAAGUCUUGGUCUCUGGACAACUAGUCCUGAAUCCAGUUCUAGAGAAGAUGCAACCAAAACGGAUGCAGAGUCAGAUUGCCAGAGCGUGGCCUCCGUCACCAGCCCAGGGGACGUUUCCCCACACAGAGACCUGGCCAAGAAAGGGUCUCAUGGGACUUCAGGACAGAAAAGAGCCUCAGCUACCUUCCUCAGGUCCCUCGCUGCCGCUGAAGGAAACAAGAGCUAUAGCGGUUCCACUCAAAGCUUAACUUCCAUAGGUUCCAAAGAGACGCCUAAAGCCCCACCAAACCCAGACCUGCCUCCAAAAAUGUGCAGGAGGUUAAGGCUAGACACGGCCUCCAGCAACGGCUACCAACGACCGGGCUCCAUUGUGGCAGCGAAAGCCCAACUGUUUGAAAAUGUUGGUUCAGUUAAGCCAGUUUCUUCUGGGCGCCAAGCCAAAGCCAUGUACUCCUGUCAAGCAGAGCACAGCCACGAGCUCUCCUUCCCACAGGGGGCGCUCUUUUCUAAUGUGUACCCAUCAGUGGAACCAGGAUGGUUGAAGGCAACUUAUGAAGGCAAAACAGGACUAGUCCCAGAAAAUUAUGUUGUCUUCCUCUAAUACUAUUUAGUGGAUGGCAGUAGCUUCAUGGUAUCCAUGGUAACAAGUAAUACGUGCUAUGAUUUUAUCUGACACAGAUAUGGCAAUCAGCCCACUAAAUGAAAACAGACAAUUUCUAUCAAGUCCUACACCAGCAGACUAUGUAGCUCCCUAUUAAUGGAAAAGGAAAAAAAAAAACGUUUAAAUUGUUUGCCAUUCUUUUUAUUAUUUUUUUACCCGUUUCUUGUCUUAAAAUAUCUUUCUUUUUGAUAAGUUUCCACAAUGACUCCAUAACAAUUGAGAAUCUCAAAUACUGUAUAAGCACUAUAUCCCAGAAAUUUGAAAACUAGAAAUUUGAUAUAAGGAUUUUGGGAUCUGCCCUUCACUGUCUGGUAUUCUCUGAGAAACCUUGAAAUCGUUACUUAAAAAUGUAAUGUAAACUGUUCAUUUAUGAUUUUUUUCUUUAAAAAAUAUACUGCUUUUAUAUAUGAUUGUUUUGCUGGUCCUAAACAUUUCAAGGAAAUAAGUGUUUUUUUUUUCAUGUAACUUUAUUUUUGUUUACCAAGGAAGAUGAUAAUACUCAAAAGCAAUGAUGUAUAUAAUGCCUGUAAAUGAAGCCAAAAUAAGUCAUACACUGAGUCCACUGGAAACACUCCAUCCCGCAUCCAGACGCCUUCCAUAGGCUUUGAGUAGGGACCAGCGAACUAUUUCUGUGAAGGCCUGAUAGUGAAUAUUGUGUCUUUUGCAAGCCCUAUAGUCUCCAUCACAAUACGUAACUGCCAUCGUAGCAGAAAGCAGCCAUAGACAAUAAGGAAACAGAUCGGGGAAGCUGUGAGCCAACACAACUUUAUAUAUGGACCCACCCUGAAACUUGAAGAUCACAUAAUUAUCUUGACACAAAAUAGUCCUCUUUGACCAUUUUCAGCUGCUGGAUCAUACAAAAACAGGCAGCAGGUCCAGUGUUACUCAUGGAUCGUGGUUUGCUGAGCCCUGGUUUAGAGGAUGUGUAAAACUACCUUUAUUACUUAGGGAUUUCUAUGAAAUUUUACUACAUUACAUACAAAUACUGAUAAAUUAUAUGCACAUAGUAGCAUCAUAAUAGCAUCACAAAAGCAUAAUUACCGUCCGUGUGAGGAAAACAAUGUAAAAGUGUAGGUGUACAACUUAAAUUCUACUUGUAACAUUAAAGUGUCAAAGAAUUCUGUUGAUACCUAAUUUUGGCUGAUGAGAAAUUCUCUCAUCAAAUGAUCAAGAAAUUUUUAAGAUACUAGUAGAGAAGCUAUGCCUUCUAAAGUCUAUGCUUAGUUGAAACAAUGUAAGCAUAAAGGUACAGGACUCUUAAAUUAUUUUGAACCACAACAUUUUUAAAGGUUUUAUCAUUUUUAGCAGGAAUAAAAUGUGUACAUGAUUUCUUAAAAUGCCAUUCAAUUUACAGUCUUUAUUAGGAAUUUCACUGAAUUUAUAGAGCAUAGAAAUUUACUACCCAUUUAUAUAUGCCGUCAACAGCUGGUCACGCAUUUCUGUUAUUUCAAUAAUUCUAUUUCAGUAAUUCUAAUAUAUUAUUUCUAUAAAUAUUUGCAUGUGGCAAAGAGCCUUUCUUCUCAAGAUUUCAAAAAGCUGGUUACCUGUCAUUUAACUGCCACAGCGCAGGCCCACUGGGCUAUAUUUUACUUGUUACUUCAGAGUUCUCCACUGUACAGGCACUCAGGUAUUGACUGUAUAAAACUCUUUUUAUGUGAUAUUAUAAUCUGUAAUCUCAGUCUCUUCUACUUUAAAUUAAUGUCUCCAGAGUUAAUAGAAUAUAUACUCACAUAUGCAUGUACACACUAUGCCUUGGAGCGUUUAUGCUUUUAAAAUUAAAAAUGGAAACAUAGAGUAGAAUUUAAAAAAUAAAGAGAAUAACAGUAGGUGGGGUCACAACCAGAAAUAAAUAUCAGUGCAUUGGAAUGAAAAACUAUUUAAUGUUAUAAAAAUUAGUAAUAUAAUGAAAAAAUCUGAUAAAUGUUUCUCUCUCUCUCUCUCUCUCUCUCUCUUUCUUUCUUUUUUUUGCUUUCCUCCUGCUGUUCAUUUUUUGUACACAAUAAUAGGGUGUUGCUAGAGCUUCUUGCGCUCUAGACCCUUGGUGGCCUUUAUUAGUAAUAAUAGCUUUGCCAACACCCUCGACUACCCUCUGCUGGAACAGAAGGUUGUCUUUCCGCAGUACCUGCCAGUCCCUUAGUCUAUACAGCGCUCUCACUGUGACCACCCUGGCCAUCGUCUGGCAUCCUACCAGAUUAGAACCUCUUAAAAGCAAAUUGAUUUUCUUUCAUAGACCAACCUGACUCCAAAAAGAGAUUCAGAAUUCUAUUCCACUUGCUGCUGCACAAGGAAAUCUCACCCUUCAUUGUAUUUCACACAGACCAGAGUGUUCCUGCCUCUGAGUUGUCUGCGAGCUAAUUUCAGUCGGGAAUUAAGCUUUUGCUGUCUAGGAUGUGGCAUGGAGCGCUUUCUCCUGGUGAGACGUGCCUGUGGCAGUACGUGCUGUGGUCCCUUUUUUGAAACAAGCUACAAAAGUGCUUCUUCAAAUCGUGUUUUUGUUUGAAGUGUUAAUCUUACAGAUUUUUGAGGAUGGUUCUUUUUUUUCUUCAUACCGAGUACACGUGUAAGCAUGUCAUGGCUAUAUACAGGCUGUCCCCCAAAAAUGUGUACGCACCUUAACAGCUGACAGCUCAAUUUUGAAAAUGAAAUGCAUUUUAGUAAACACUGCCAUUAUAAUUAUUCAGAGUGUGUGUAUACAUUUUGGGGGAUACCCUAUAUAUCGGAGAUAGACUACAACUGCUUUUCUCACGAAAUGAAUUUCCUGCAGAUAAGGUGUUUAUGAGCAGAGGGAAAAUCUAAACAUGUGCUCUGCAUCACAAUAUUAAUUACACAAGAAGGUAAUGCCAAUCAUUGGGAGAUCAGAUUCCAAAGUGUAACAGCAUUUCAAUGAUAAAACCUUAGCUUGUCAGAGACAAUGUGAAGUUGUUAGAAUUGCUACAUCCACACCCUCCAGGCACACCUGUGGAUUCUAAUCACUGGUUACAGUAUAAUCAGUAUGAAGGUGAGGUUGAUGAGCCUAAGUCAGUCAUCUUGGGUGUUGUGUGAAAAUAUCCCCAAGGGCAAACAUUUAUGUAUUUAACAGGUGACUCUUUUUGUACCAUAACUCUACCAAGUUGAAAGAACCUAGUCCAUCAACUGAAGGCUUAUGCCGCUCUGUGAAUAUAUAUGUCUGAACAGUAAAAUAAUGCUUGUAUUCCUGUAGCGCCCACGAAGGAUGAGGAGGAUGAGGAAGCGCCAUUGCUCUUUGUUUGAUGUGCGUGGUUUUGCUAAUUGGGUCAGCACUCUGCGCUUUGUAAUAUAAAUGAGUACAACCAGGUUUCUCAACAAUAGCUCGAUUGCUGGCUCUUUCAGGAGUGGGUGGAGAGAAAAAAAAAGAGUACCUUACGGUACAAUCCCCAAUGAUCCAGGUUCCCAAAUAGGGAAAAUAAAGAUACAUACUGACUUUUAUUCUUAUUCUAGAUAUUUGGUUUUACAUGUUGUGGCAUGCUUUCUAAAUUUCCACCGUGUUGUAAGAAAAAUAAACCUGGCGCGUUAAUCCUG